AUGAAGCACCCCCCCACCCCACCAAGGUACUCUCACUACAUUGCCCAGGGUGAACCGAAACUUGUGAACCUCCAGUCUCAGCCUACCAGAGCACUGAGAUAUGACAAAGGUCACCUCAUGAAGGCAGAAUUACAGAAACUAGUCUCUAGAGGUUAUGGUGCCGCUUUGCCCAAAGUGGUGCCCAAGUCAGCGUCAGCCACAGUUAAAAUCCAGGCACCGCUGCUUCAGAUGGACGACAGUGUCUUUCUAGAUGACGACAGAAAUCAGGUAGGACCUUUGAUCAUUGAGGCCGCCCCCUCCAGCUUCCAAUCCCCAAGAAUCCAUGCCAGUCGGUGCCUUGGUGGAAGGCUUCCCGAGGAGCCCAGCCUUAGCCCUCAGGGCCUGCCAGACCCCAUGCUGCAGGACCUGCCACCAGGCUCUUCAUUUUGUCCUUCAAUGAGCAGACAAGAAUCAAAGAAACUGCAUUUCAGAGUCAAAGAUGAUGAGGAUGACAAAGACGCAGAAAAGUGGAAAACACACAAAAUGACUUUUUGUAUAUUUCACACAAUUAAUGAUUUGAUGAUAUGAGACCUGACUGAGCUAAAGUGAUUCCAUGUUGGAUGAGUAACGGCCCCAGAGGCCACUGUGUACCACUCCCCUUUGUAGUUGUACCCUUACCUACAUUUGAACCUUUGCUUGGGAAUGUAAGACUGCAUAAUUUUGUGUAAUCUUUACUGCAUAACUUUGUGAUCUUAAAUUCCUAGCCCCAGUUGAGAUAAGAUCUGUGCCAUAUAUAGAAAUCCAAAGUGAAUUCCUUUACUGCUUGCUUGUCCGAAAUGCCUUAGAGACCCCCCCCCUCCCGGAAUCAUCUUUUUUUGUUUUUUUGUGGGGGGUACUGGGGAUCAACUCGAGCCCUUGCUGCUUGUGAGGCAGGCACCGGAACCACUGAGCUAAAUCCCCACCCUCCGUAAGCAUCUUUUCAUCAUCAGCGUGUGAUUGCUGAGUAUGUGGCUGCUGACCACCGGCAGACCAGUAGCCUUUGUCCCCUGCCUCCAGGCUUUAAACAAUAACCCCUGUCUGUUUCCUUUCCAACGUGUCCUUCCCCGGUGAAUCUAGUGGCUGUCGAGCUCUUUGGAGUGGUAAUUUUGGGCUGUUCAGAAUGGUUUUGAGCUCUUAGGAGCAGUAGUAAAGCGGCCUUAGGUCUUACAAUAAUUGAAUAAAUCAUAAGAUUUAUAUAAAAUGCAUCUCCAAGGCAAUGUAUUUUAAUUAAACUUUAUUU